UUCUUUCUUUACUUCUUUCUCACUCUGCCUCUCUCUCAUCUUCUUUACCUCUGUAGAUUUCUACACUAAAUAUCAAAAAAUUCUGAAUCCAAUUUCUGACAAUGGAAGCAGCCCAAUUAUACGGUUUGUCAACACUUGUUGUUGUUAUGCUGCUACUGUCAGUGACUCCGAUAGUGACAUCCAAGGACGAGGUUGUUUCUUGUACAAUGUGUUCUUCAUGUGACAAUCCUUGUAGUCCCGUCCAAUCUUCUCCUCCUCCUCCUCCUCCUACGCCUUCUCCUCCACCACCGUCACCAUCAACCACCACCGCAUGUCCUCCGCCUCCUUCUCCUCCGAGCUCCGGCGGUGGUGGCGGUGGCUCUUAUUAUUAUCCUCCUCCAUCUCAGUCCGGUGGCAGCAAAUACCCUCCUCCGUACGGUGACGGCGGUCAAGGUUACUACUAUCCUCCGCCGUAUUCAGGAAACUAUCCUACGCCGCCUCCGCCGAAUCCCAUCGUCCCUUAUUUCCCGUUUUACUAUCAUACGCCACCACCAGGUUCUGGAUCAGAUCGGUUUAUGGGUUCUAGUUCUAUUAUUUUUGCUUUUUUCGCUGUCUUCCUCUGUUUAGUGUGACGGAAAAUCGUCGGAAUUCACCGGAAAAUUACAGAAAAUUGGAAAUAAUGUGGCAGAUCGGUAGAUCUACAAUAGUCUCUCUGAAGGUUUUAGAUAUCUUUGAUCAUGGAAAACCAGGUGUUUGGAUCAAAUUAUUAUCUUUCACUUUCUUUGAUCCUCUUUUUUUUUUUUUUUGACAAUUUGUAUGUAAUUUUCUUAUUAAUUAACAUUUUAAUUACUCGUUAUUCAUAAAUAAAGCAUUGUUACUUUCUA